AUCUAGGCUACGUCACUGGAUUCCCCCGUCCGCUUCUGAUAAUGUUGCGCAUGCGCACACUCAGCCUAGUUCAGCGCAGCCUGUGCAUCUUACGCGCUGGGAAGACGAAGCUCCAGCUGGAACAUCCAGGCUGCUGUGACAAAACGGUGGAGCUACAAACAGCGGUUGCCUCUGUGAGUUUUUUGAGCUGACAUCAUCAAAUUUCACCUAGUGACUGAAUUACCCCCAUAACAAAGAAUGGAGGGGGCCGUGGUGAACAACCUCAUAGACUUUGACUCACCCCCAGAAGGGACAGCUCCCUCUGUUCUUGGACCUCCCAGUCAGACAGGCUUUUUCUCAUCCGAGCCUCUCUUCCCUGAGCCUGCGAGCCACGCCACCAUAGAGCCUCUUCUACCAGAACCAAUGGCCCCCACACACACUUCCCACAGAGAAGAAGAUAGUGAUGCCACCGAAUCGGCCGACAGCGACAACGAGGACACAGGAUCCCCAUCGCACCCAUCGAGCACACGACGGUCCUCAUCCUGCUCCAGUCACAGCACUGAGGACGCAGAAGAGACGGAGAUAAGAGCGUUCAUGAAAACCUACGUGGCAAAGCUCUUCCAUGGAAGGGAGGACUUUGAUCAGGAGGAGAAAGCUCACUUUGGAGAGUUGUGCACUGGAGAGAACGGCAAAGGGAGGGAGUGGUUUGCCAAAUAUGUCAGUGCGCAGCGCUGCCACUCCAAAUGUGUAAGUGAACAAACGUUCUACAGGCUGCAGUCCUUCGCUGUUGUUUUAUUUGAAUGUCACCAGGUGGAUGAUUAUGGCCCAGCCAAACACCUCAUGACCAUGUGCUUCACAUAUUACUACAUGGGUAAGUCCCAGCUGUCUCCCGCAGAACUGCUGGAGAGGCCCAGCGGGGGGAUCGACUCGUAUCUGCGCAGUGGAAAGGUGUGGCUCUCUGGAAAGAAGGAUAUCGCAGAGCGACUGCUAAAGAACACCUCCGCUAAGACUGAUGUUAAGGGAUUCUUUGGGGGUCUGGAGAGUAAACUGAGAGGGCCUUUGGGCCGAAAGAAUGAAGACACCGACACACCUGCUGAACAGAAAACCAAAACGCCAGUUUCUCCCCCUCUCUCCCCGGAUAGAAAAGAAGAGGAGAAAAUUUACCUGUACACACACCUGAAACAGCAGCCCAUUUGGCACACUUUGAGGUUUUGGAACGCAGCGUUUUUCGAUGCUGUUCACUGUGAGAGAAAUAAAAGAUCCCCCACCACGAGGCGGACGGCUGAGGAAGAGAAAGAUGAAAGAGAAAAGUGGUGCCAUAUGACCCAGGAAGAGAAAGAUGAUAGCUCCAGAUUCAAUGAGAACAUCACCUUCGGUCAGCUGGGAACAUUCACCCAUAACAUGGUGGCUUUUGGAUUGAACAAGAAACUCUGCAAUGACUUCCUGAAGAAACAGGCAGUCAUUUCUGGAAUCUGGAUGAAGGUAAUGUCACUUUACAGCUUUCUGUUCCAAAUUUGAAAAAAAAUGAAAAAU